AUGAUGAUGUCGCCGAAGCAGCUGCUGACCACCAUCCUCAUCGUCUUCUCCACGCUCUCCUUCAUCAAGCUCAUGCUCCUCACCCACUCCGCAUCGUCGCCCGCGCGCCCGGGCCGCUCCGCCUGGGACGCCGGCGGCUCCGGCAACGGCACCGCGGCCAGGGACGGGCUGAGCGCCAAGGAGUUCGCUUUGCUCCGCUCCGUCGUGGCCGCGCGCGCGCCGUGCGGGCUGCUCGUGUUCGGCCUCUCGCCGCAGCUCCUCGCGCUCGCGGCCGUCAACGACGGGCAGGGCGCCGCCACCGCCUUCGUCACCGACAGCGCCGAGGACGCGGCCAGCGCGCGGCGCGUGCUCGCCGGGCGCGGCCCCGGCUCGGCGGCCGUUCACCGGGCCACGUACCCCGACCCGGCCGGGGAGGCGUGGGCGCUGCUGCGGCGCGCGCGGGCGAGCCCGGUGUGCGGCCGGCCAACGGGAACGGUGCGCAAGUCCGGAUGCCGGCUGGCGCUGACCUCGCUGCCGCGGGAGGUGCUCGACGCGAGGUGGGACGUGGUCGUCGUCGACGGGCCGAGCGGGGCCGGGCCCGGGGAGCCGGGGCGGAUGGGCGCCAUAUACACCGCGGCCGCGCUCGCGCGCGCGGCGGCGGGCGGCGCGGUGGACGUGGCGGUGCACGACAUGAACCGGACGGUGGAGCGGUGGUACGCCAGGGAGUACCUCUGCGAGGACAACCUCGUCGCCGCCAAGGGGCGCCUCUGGCACUUCCGUGUCGCCGCCGGCGGGCCGCCGGAUGCGUUCUGCCCGACUGCUCCGGUCCAGAUCUUGUAA